GAUCGUAUCACAACAAAUCUAGGCACGAGCCUAGUAAGACGUUUACUACCUCGACAGUGAAUUUAUUUAUUUGUUGUAGUCAUCGCGUUUUGAAUAAAAAUUCAAUUAUGCCAUCUUUAUUAUUUGUUUUUUGUUUUUGUUCAAUAGUGGCAAUCAAUUGUCAGGAUAAUCCUCAAGUGAAAAUAUCAGAUGGGAAGUUGGAGGGUAAAGUUCUGAAGUCUAAGGAAGGCAGGGAUUUUUUUGCUUUUCAAGGGAUACCGUAUGCUGAGCCACCCUUAGGUGAAUUGAGGUUUAAGUCUCCUCGACCAAACGAACCAUGGGAUGGAGUUCUAGACGCAACACAGCCUCAUGCAGUAUGUCCUCAAAGAGAUUCCUACAGGCGGGUUGACCUAGUUGAGGGUGAUGAAGACUGUUUGUACCUGAAUGUUUAUACUCCAAAAUUACCCUCCAAAGGCGAUAAACCAUUACCUGUCAUGGUGUUCUUCCAUGGAGGUGGCUUCCAUUGUGGUGCAGGAAACUCAUAUUGGUAUGGACCAGAAUAUCUGCUCGAUAGGGAUGUCGUUUUGGUUGUUACAAAUUAUAGACUAGGUGCCCUUGGGUUCUUGAGCACCGGAGAUGAAGUGUCUCCAGGAAACUAUGGUCUCAAGGAUCAAUCUUUGGCUUUGAAGUGGAUCAAGAGGAACAUCAAACACUUCAAUGGCGAUCCGAGCAGUGUCACCCUUUUUGGUGAAUCCGCAGGAGGUGCUAGUGCUAAUUACCAUAUGCUUUCUCCACUGAGUAAAGGUCUCUUCAAAGGCGUUAUAUCUCAAAGUGGUACUUCAUUCUGUGUUUGGUCUCAUGCACCCGCAGGUGAGAACAAAAUUAAAGCCAAAAAGCUUGGCCAACUUGUUGGAUGCCCUACAACUUCAAGCAAAGAAUUGGUUGAAUGUCUUAGAGGUAUCGAUCCUAUGGUUUUCGUGAAACACGAUAGAGAUUUUAUGGAUUGGGACUUCGAUCCAAUGAUUCCCUUCAAACCAGUGGUUGAGCCUCCUUCAAAAGAAGCCUUCUUGAUUGAUACUCCAGCAAAUCUCUUCAAAGCUGGCAAAUUUGCGGAUGUUCCAUGGAUUGUGGGAGUUAACAAAGAAGAUGGACUUUUACGGUCUGCAGCUUAUGUUGGUGUACCAAAGUUGUUCGAAGAAUUGGAUGAAGAUUUCAACAACAAAACCGCUAUUUCCUUGAUGUACGAGCCGUUUGCAGAAAACCCCAAUCUUGUUAGCGAGAAAAUAAGAAAAUUCUAUUUUGGAGACAGGAAAAAACUGAACUUCGAGAAUUCCUUCAAAGACUUGACUGACAUGUACACUGAUGGUUGGUUCACAAAAUGUAUAGAUGAUGCUAUCAGAAUUCACUUGAAAGUAUCAAAACAACCAGUUUAUAAUUAUCUGUUUGCCCAUCGAAGUGGUGCAAGUUUCAGUGAAAUAUUUGGAGCUCCAGGAGAAGUUCAUGGAGUUUGCCAUGCUGAUGAAUUACAGUACCUGUUCCCAGUUGGUGAUGGACUGUUUCCGCACAAGAAAGUAACAGAUGAAGAUAGAAGAGUGAGAAGACUCAUGACAACUAUGUGGGAGAAUUUCGCAAAAACUGGAAAUCCUACUCCAGUAACCGAUGACUUGAUUACAACGAAAUGGACACCAAUAAAAUCAGAAAACCUCGAGUACUUACAUAUAGAUGGAAACACGUUAGAGAUGAAAGAUGCUUUAUUCAAGGAAAGAGUGAAAUUUUGGCGAAGUUUACCUCUAGAACCGAAGAAAGUAGUAGUAAAAGACGAGCUCUGAAGUGAAAUGAAGAUAUAAGAAAUUGAACUAGAUUUUAUUUAUGUCAGAAAUUAUUCUUGUAAAAAAAUAUAAUAUUUUAAUUGUU